AUGCUUCCUUUCAAUUACGGCACCCAGUGGAAAGUUGUACUCAUUGGAGCAGCCAGCUCUGGGAAGACAUCAAUUCUUAGACGUCUUAUAUUCGGAUCUUUUCCUGAUGACGUUACUCCUACACUCGGAGCUGCUUUAUCUACUUAUCAAGUUAAAUGCGGUACAUCAACAGUUAACAUGAACGUAUGGGAUACUGCAGGUCAAGAAAGCUAUCGCUCACUCGCAAAGCUUUAUUAUCGCGAUGCAAAAGCAGCUGUCGUUGUAUUUGACGUUUGCUCCAUCGAAUCUUUCAGAGAAGUAGAGUUUUGGAUAGGAGAACUCGAUGUUUCUGAAACAUUUGGUCAUUACGUAGUAAUUGUUGGUAACAAAGUUGAUAGACAAGAAGAUCGCGUAGUUAGCGUUUCAGAUGCUCAAGCUCUUGCAGAGAAAUCAGGAGCAGCUUACUUAGAAGCCAGCGCAAAAACUGGUGAAGGAAUUACACAAAUUUUCGAAAAAAUAGCAGAACAUUUUCUUUCAAUAUCGAAGAACGAAGGAAAAGCCGAUCAGCAACGAUUUGCUCCUAAGAAAGAUACAUCAUCAUGCUGCUAA